AUGAGUGCUGAAAUGCCAGCAGACAAGCGGCCUCGAGAAGCACAAGCAGAUGCCACUAAUAAUCCCAACAAGCGUCACAAGAAGAAUCCUGCUGAUGAUCUAAUCUGCCCCAUCACCAGAGAGCUACCGUGGUCCCCUUUUAUUGCUCUGGAUGGUCGAACUUAUGAAGAAUCAGCCAUCAGGAAUUACUUCAAGAGGCAACGGGGACGUGGUGCUUCCAUCAGGUCGCCAAUCACCAAUGAACCCAUGGGUGAAACUCUCAUUCCUACCCCUCAUAUCAGAAGCUUCAUUGAGACAUUGGUUGAAAAUGGAACCACUCAAGGUGAUGUAUUGGAGGCUUGGAACAUUAAAGUCAACCAAAUGAAGGAGAAGGGCAAGUGGCUACAAAAGGCCAAUGCGGGCAAGGUAAAUGUUAUGCUGAUCGUGGCAAUCAACUACUCCAAAGGAACCGACGGCUUUGAAUACGACUCAACCAAGGCCUACAAUUGGUACAAAAAAGCGCACGAUGCUGGCACUAAAAGUUGGGGAAGGACUAUUGAAAGGACUGGGCGUGACAAAAUCAUUGCCACUUGGCAUUAUGUACACCACCCAGGCUGCAACUGCAGGAUCUGAUUUUGCUGCAUAUUUUCUGGGAGAUGCUCUCGCCAAAGGCCUCUGGGGUAUGGCUGUCAGAGAAGAAGAAGCUAUUGAUUCUUGGCUACGCAAAUGUUUGGGAGAGUGCGCCAACAAAAGAUUGAGCCGCAAAGGAAAAGUAACAAGUCCUGUUGGACUACCUUCUGGAGAAGCAGAAUAGUGCUGCUGGAGAUAGGAUCAUCCUGAGUGACUCCGAUGGCUCGGACUAAACCAAUCCGAUUUGAGUAUCUUGGCUCAGUUCCCGGUAGUACCGGUACCCUGACAUGUGCACAUCGGUACAAGUACGCAUUCUGGGUCGCCCAGCCCACCGGUGCUCACCGACAGAGCGCAGGGUGUACAAUGAUAUUCGUUUUUAAAAAAAGGGGGGGAUUCAUUCCUUGCAUAGCUUUCUACUCUACAGUACCGGCAGAGAGAUAAUUUGUAGUUCAUGGAGCCAUUUUAUUGC